AAGACAAGCUGCAGACUUUCAUAGUCUCAUAGCACUGCUGGGGCCCUCCCCUGUCACACAGCUAUAAAACAGAGGUUUAGUUUUGUUCAGCGACAUCUGCUGGGGGCCAUCUUCUGAUAUGUGAAAUUGAAGACUGUGAUAGCUGGAGGGCAAUGUCGUUAUGUAUUGUUACUUUCCCCAGCAUACAAUAAGAGCUGGGGCUUUAGCAGUGGACCAUUUCCCACAGGAGGCUGUUACACGGUAGAAGAAAAGUGAUGGGAAUUAGUCCUAAAAACUAGAGCGGACUCCGAGCAGAGAGAGAGGCAGGGGGUGGGACAUGGGCUGCUUAUUGCACAGAACUGAUUGUCACUCACAGAUAUGACCACUUCCUGUGGGAGAAUGAAAAGACAUGCCCAGCCCUCAUUGCAGCCUAGAGAGAAUCUCUCUGCAGCUCUGAUAUCAUGACAGUUUUACAAGCAUUUGUUGUCAGUAGUAAUUUAAGAUAGAACCAACCAUCAUUAGAGGGUACAUACAGCCCACGAUGCGAUCUGUCACCCCCAAGGAUUGCUCUACUGUCCUACACAGCCCAAUGGAGCCUCCAGACCCAACAUACACAAGAACAUUGAUGUGCUGGAAGAAGAGAGUGCGUUCAGAAUACAUACGGCUGCAGCAACUAAAACGUUUUCAGGCCAAUACAGCGGCUAGGAUGUUUUACGUAGAAAACCUGACAAAGGCACAAGAAAGGGCACACCUUUUAAAUGAAGAUUGGAAGAAAUUAAGGGUGCAGCCCAUUCAGAUGAUGAAACCUACAAGUGGCCACCCAUUCUUGAAAAAGUCCACAGUGGAAAGCAGCUUCCCAGGUUUUGCUGUCCAGACCAUAUUUAUGAGAUCCCUGAACACUGUGGCUUUAGUGCCCAUCAUGUAUUCAUGGUCACCUCUGCAACAGAAUUUCAUGGUGGAAGAUGAGACUGUUUUGUGUAAUAUUCCUUACAUGGGCGAUGAGGUCAAGGAAGAGGAUGAGACCUUUAUUGAGGAACUGAUCAAUAAUUAUGAUGGCAAAGUGCAUGGAGAAGAAGAAUUAGACUUGAAAUCAACCAUGUUAUCAAGUCCUCGAUUACAUGACCGUGAGCGGUUAUUCAGGUUUGGGCAGUCCUUCUCCUCUGGACGAAACAGUACCAUUAAAACAGGUUCUGGUCUACUGGAUGAUGCUUCUUUCUUAGAGCUUAUGGAAGCCCUUCUUCAAUAUACCGAUGAAGAGGAGAAAUGGCUUAGUUAUUCUACUGAAGGAAAGGGGGAGGAGGUAAAGGAAGAGGGUCCCAUGACCAGGAAGAGGAAACGCAUUGCUGAGGAAGGUAGCAAGAGAGUCUGUAGGAGCCUUCUGCCAAAUGACUUGAUCUUCAGUGCAAUAUCAGCUGUGUUUCCAGAGAGAGGCUUUCCAGAAGAAGUGAAAAAACGGUACAAAGAACUGACAGAAGCCUAUGAUCCCAAUGCAUUGCCUCCCCAGUGUACUCCUAACAUUGAUGGACCAUGUGCCAAAUCUGUGCAAAGGGAGCAGUCUCUUCACUCCUUCCACACCCUAUUCUGUCGCCGCUGUUUUAAGUAUGACUGCUUUCUACACCCAUUCCACGCAAGUCCUAAUGUAUACAGGAGAAGGAAUCGAGAAAUAAAGAUUGAAACUGAGCCCUGUGGAAUUCAUUGCUUCUUGUGGCUGGAAGGAGCAAAAGAAUAUGCUAUGAUGAACAAUCCCAGAUCCAAAUGCUUGGGAAGGCGUCGCCGGAAAACCACAGCCCUUGCUGCCUCUGGCUCAAACUCUAAUGUAAUGGAGACUAAAGAGGGGGACAGUGAUCGAGACACUGGCAAUGACUGUGCUUCUAGCUCUUCAGAAGCAAAUUCACGGAGCCAAACCCCUACCAAACAAAGGCAGGGAAGCCUAAGUGGGGAGCUUCCAGAUGUGUCUGAACCCAGUGAGCCAGUGGAAUGGUCUGGAGCUGAGGAGUCACUCUUUAGGGUCUUCCAUGGAACUUACUUCAACAAUUUCUGUUCCAUUGCUCGUCUAAUGGGCACCAAGACAUGCAAGCAGGUUUUCCAGUUUGCUGUGACAGAUUCCUUGCUCUUAAAAGUGCCAGCAAAGGAACUAAUGAGCACUGCACAAAAAAAGAAACGGAAGCACAGAUUAUGGGCAGCUCACUGCAGAAAGAUACAGUUAAAAAAAGAUAAUUCUGCAAACCAAGUGUACAAUUACCAGCCUUGUGACCACCCGGAUCACCCAUGUGACAGCACGUGUCCCUGCAUUAUGACUCAGAACUUCUGUGAAAAGUUCUGCCAGUGCAACCCAGAUUGUCAGAACCGCUUUCCAGGAUGCCGAUGCAAAACCCAGUGUAACACCAAGCAGUGUCCAUGUUACCUCGCUGUACGAGAAUGUGAUCCAGAUCUGUGUCUGACAUGUGGAGCAUCCGAACACUGGGAUUCUAAGGUGGUGUCCUGCAAAAACUGUAGCAUCCAGAGAGGACUGAAAAAGCAUUUGCUGUUAGCACCGUCUGAUGUUGCUGGGUGGGGGACCUUCAUUAAAGAGUCUGUCCAGAAGAAUGAAUUCAUCUCGGAAUACUGCGGUGAGCUGAUCUCUCAAGACGAAGCAGAUCGAAGAGGAAAAGUUUAUGACAAAUAUAUGUCCAGUUUUCUCUUUAACCUCAACAAUGAUUUUGUUGUUGAUGCUACACGUAAAGGAAACAAAAUCAGAUUUGCAAAUCACUCUGUUCAUCCCAAUUGUUAUGCAAAAGUGGUAAUGGUGAAUGGAGACCAUCGGAUUGGAAUCUUUGCUAAAAGAACCAUACAAGCAGGAGAAGAAUUGUUCUUUGAUUACAGAUACAGCCAAGCUGAUGCCCUGAAAUAUGUUGGUAUUGAACGAGAGACUGACAUUAUAUAAUGUCUUCGAAAUUUGGUUGUUUCAUGUACUUUGUCACUGCACCUUGUGAUGAUGCUGUUUGUUGUUGUCUCUUUCCAUUUUCUUCUUUCCCAUCCCCUUUGAAUGCAUUGGGAAUGGAUGCCAGAAAAACUCCUGAUAUUGCCAGGCAUCUCUUGUUCGCUCAACCAUUUGCUCUUUUAUACUGCUACCAGUGAAUUUCCCCCUUAAUGUAGGAAAGAGAAAAAAUGGAGCAAAUGAGGAGGAAAUUAACAAAUGAGAAGAGGUUGAAGGAAAAGAGUAAAAGAAGGAGCAUAUGACAAAGACUAAAAAAGAACUGAGAACAAAGUAACAGAAGAGGGAUAGAAAAGAGAAAACCCAAGCAAGAAAAAACAAGGCAUCAUUGAAGAAGGACUAUUUAUAAGAAUAAAUGAAGAAAGGAAGCAAUUACAGAGAAAAGAAUAACUUUUAAAGUGUGGACCCGUUGUCUAAAAUGUCCUGGUGGGCACAUGGGAACUGACACAUCAGUCUGACACAGGACUCCAUAAAACUGUACUGUUGUGAAAAGAACUCUUUGCUGGCCAUUAAUUCUGACUAUUCUGUUGCUACAAUUUUUUUCUGGGUUCAAAUUUUAUCACAAAUGGUAGGCAUGCACUUGUCAAAAACAUUAGGCUCAUUGUUCCUUAGUUACACUGAUCAUUAUGUUUAGGCCACUUCUCUAUAUGGAAAUCACUUGUUUCACCCUCACAGCCAAUCCUACACACAAAAACUACACACAGACAUGUCCUGGAAUGCGUAACAGGGUUAAAUGGGAAUAUACAGGCCCUGGUUUCAUAGACCAGGAAGAACUAGUGAAUUAGUAAAAAAGUUGGAGGGAGCAGGCUGCCAUGUCACUGAAUAGGAAUGAUGGAAGAAGCAGUCCGGUAUGUGACCAAAGAGUUGGCUGUCAUGGAGUAGCAUUGAGCAGUAAGGGAAUAGGCAGCCACGUGAGUAGGUAAGAAGGGCAGGAAGUUCAAGUGGGGGAAUGGGAAUGCCAUGUCAACUAGCAGGGAGGGAGAAUAAGCAAGCAGGCAUAUCUCAGAGAGGAAUAAAGAACUGGUGGGCAUGCCACCAAGCAGGAAGGGAGUAAGUAGCAGACAGAAAGCUGGUGGAAAAUAGGGGGUAGACAUUGAUGGACUGAAGUGUGGGGGACAGGGAAAUGUUGAUGGUUUGGUGGUGUAGUGUACUGUAAGGAAAUGCUGACUGACUAAUGUGGAUGGAUUAAUGUAUUGGUUUUCAUCAUACAUUCUAUGAAAAAGUCAACAUUAAAAUAAGCUUAUAGUUUAGUAAACAUUGGUAUUCUAUGACAUAUGUAGAUAUCAGUCUCUGCAGUGUCUGCACUCCAAUGCAAAAAACCUUGUAUCUUGUGGGGUGUGCAGCCAAAUUUAAUUAUUUAGCAAUAAAUAUGAAAGGUCCUGUUGAGGACCGAAACGUCAGAUUUUUUAUAUAAGAUGGU